AUGGUGAAUAAGCACAAAGAGCGAGACAGCCUAGCCAUGAGAAGUGUUCCUUUCGUGCUGCCGCUCUUGGUAUCACUAGUGCUUUUUGGCAUCUAUAUGACAUGUACUCUCGUCAGCCUGGAUGACGGACCUCUAAAUAUUCCUCCGGAGAAACGACUGCCCAAACUCAACAUGUUUGAAAGAGUCACCGAGCACAUGAGCCAUGAGCGGGAUUUCAGGCUUGUGUUCAUUGGCGAUGUGCAUGGCCAGUACGACGAUCUUCAGAGAUUUAUAGAUGAAGAGCUUGGCGGAUUGGAUGAGGAGACCACCAUUGUGCUUUUGGGAGACAUGGUAAACAAGGGCCCAGAUUCCGACAAGGUCGUCUCAUUCAUACUCAACAACAAGAGAAAUGUGAGGUGCAUCAUGGGCAACCACGAUCUUGCUGUUCUGUUUGCGUAUAUGAACCCUAAAUUGAAUAGACGACCACUCCGUAAGAUCCGCAAGCAACUGAGACCCUUAGAGGUCGACUCACAGGCCGGCUUUUUCUACCCCGAUGAUGUGACAAAGGUCAAAGAAGCACAUACUGUUCUAGCGGAGAACCUUGGGUUCGAGGCGCUGAGAGAUCUUGCGCUUCACUGUCCCGUCGCAAUGGAGCUAAAAUUGCCGGACGACGAGUCUCUUUUCACUGUUCAUGCCGGUAUGAUGCCCGGCGACUUCAUCGAUAAUAUUCCCACGGCGGGCGCUGUCACCGAAACUAAAUACAUCAAUCCCAAGGAUUGGUCUGAUUACUCGAAGGAAAAAGACCGUCGCCACAAGAGCCGGUGGUACACAUUCUGGAAGAAAGACAAACUGCAGGAAAAAUACGAUCACAUCACAGUGCUCUACGGCCACGACGCCAACAAGGGCCUCAAUUUGCAUGCACACACCAAGGGAAUGGACUCAGGAUGUGUCAAGGGUGGCGCUCUGAGUGGUUUUGUCUACCAGUACCACCACAAGAAGAACAAACUGACGCACUACCUGCUGCAGACCAACUGCGACGGUUACUUUCCACAAUUGUGA